AUGGGUAGUAGCUCGGAGAGAGUUCCGUGCGAUUUCUGCGGCGAUCGGACGGCGGUUCUGUUCUGCAGAGCAGACACGGCGAAGCUCUGCUUGACCUGCGACCAGCACGUGCACACGGCGAAUCUCCUCUCGAGGAAGCACGUGCGAUCCCAGAUCUGCGAUAACUGCGGCAACGAGCCGGUCUCCGUCCGGUGCUUCACCGACAACCUCGUCUUGUGCCAGGAGUGCGACUGGGAUGUGCACGGGAGCUGCUCCGUCUCCGACGCUCACGUCCGCUCCGCCGUGGAAGGUUUCUCCGGUUGUCCGUCGGCUUUGGAGCUCGCCGCCUUGUGGGGGCUCGAUCUGGAGCAAGGGAGGAAAGAAGAGAACUUGCGAGUGCCGAUGAUGAUGGAGAAUUUCGGGAUGCAGCUAGAUUCGUGGGUUUCGGGAUCUAAUGUUUUACAGGAACUCAUCGUCCCCGUCCCUAAAGAUAAUACUUUUAAGAAGCGUGGCUCUUGCUGUGGGAGGUAUAAGCAGGUGCUGUGUAAACAGCUUGAGGAGUUACUAAAGAGUGAUGUCGUUGGCGGUGGUGAUGACGAUGACGGUGACGGUGACCGUGACCGUGACCGUGACCGUGACGGCGAAGGAGGAGAAGGAGGAGAAGCAGGAGAGGGGCUUAUGGUUCCGGAGAUGCCGGAGAGAUUGGGAUGGUCAAGAGAUGUAGAGGAGGAUAUCAAUGGCGGAGAAGGAGUUACACAGCAGCCUCCAACGACGUCGUUUACAUCUUUGUUGUGGAAUGCUGCUAAUCCUAGUAGUGGUGGCCAGACUACUCAGAUAUGGGAUUUUAACUUGGGACAAUCAAGAGAACCUGAGGACGGUAGCCGAAUGGAAGCUGCGUAUGAUACAAAAGAUGCGGCUUCAUUCACAAUCAACACUUUUGUUGGCCAUAUGAAUGAAUCUUGUUCCACUAAAGCCAAAGGUGUCAAAGACAUUUCUCAGAAUGACUACAACCGAUCGACAUCUGAGAGCAACAAUCUUCCAGUUACAUUUGGCUCCGAGAAAGGUUCAAACUCUUCCAUUGACUUGCAUUUCAUAGAACAAAUCGCUGGAACUAGUUGCAAGUCCACAAGACUAGUGGCAACCAAGGCUGAUCUGGAGCGGCUUGCUCAGAACAGAGGUCAUGCAAUGCAGCGUUACAAGGAAAAAAGGAAAACUCGGAGAUAUGAUAAGACCAUAAGGUAUGAAUCGAGGAAAGCAAGAGCUGAUACAAGGUUGCGUGUGAAAGGCAGAUUUGUGAAAGCUACUGAUCCUUAA